AUGGAAAUCAAGGACUAUUAUUGCAUAGAAACAGACGCACCUAAACAACCUGGCGAGUCGUCCACUUAUCGAUCCAUUCACUCUGCCAACAAGCUCCUUACAACGCCUGAAGAUGGCAUAAAGACUGUAUACGACCUGUUUUGUGGUGCUGUCAAAUGCCACGGGAAAAAGGAAGCCAUGGGCACCCGAAAACUCAUCAAAGAACACGUCGAAGAACGUGAAAUUGUUCGUAAGGUCAGUGGAGCCGAAGUCAAAGAGAAAAAAACAUGGAAUCUUUAUGAAUUAGGUCCCUACGAGUAUAUCAACUAUAUCGAGGUUUAUGACAUCUCAAUGGCCCUCGGAUCGGGUUUGAAACUUUCCGGCGUUACCACCGAUAGUAGCCUUCUAUUCUUCGCUGGUACUAGUGAAAAAUGGCUGAUGACUGCUCAAGGAUCUCUUAGUCAGUCUAUUCCCAUCGUUACUGCCUAUGAAACUUUAGGUGAGGAUGGUAUCAUAACUUCCGCGCAAGAGUGCUCUACUUCAGCCAUCUUCACCGACCCUACUCUGCUUCCCAAAUUAGUAAAUCCUUUAAAACAAUGCCCUCUACUCAAGGUUAUCAUUUGCAGUUCCGAACCCUCCGAAAAGCAAGCUGAACUCGUGCAUGCUGCUAAUCCCAAUGUUCAACUUUUAACCUUUCACCAAUUGCUAAAGCUCGGCCAGGAUGAACCUCAACCCAUUGUUCCCCCCAAAGCCGAUGACGUUUGCUGCUAUAUGUAUACAUCUGGCUCUACUGGCAAGCCAAAAGGUGUUAUCCUUUUACAUCGAAACAUUAUUGCUGCCUUGGGUGGCAUUAAUCGAAUUUUGGCUCAACAUAUUAAUGCCAAAGACUACGUAUUGGCUUACCUUCCUUUGGCCCAUAUAUUUGAGUUCAUUUUUGAAAUGUGCUGCUUUUACUGGGGUGGUGUUUUAGGAUACGCUUCUCCAAGAACGCUUACAGACGCAAGUGUUAUUAAUUGUAGAGGUGAUAUGCCGGAGUUUCGUCCUACCGUCAUUAUUGGCGUGCCCGCCGUAUAUGAAUUGAUCAAAAAAGGUAUUCUUACAAAGGUUUCUUCUAUGCCCGUUCAUCGUCAAAAAAUCUUCUCUGGUUCCCUUGCUUUGAAGCAAUAUCUACUUAAAUAUAAUCUUCCUGGUACGGCUACAUUAGAUGCGAUUGUCUUCAACAAAGUAAAGGCAGCAACUGGUGGACGCCUUCGUUAUUGUAUUGCCGGUGGUGCCGCCCUUGCUGCUAGUACCCAGGCCUUCUUAAGUACUACGAUUUGCCCUGUUCUUCCUGGGUAUGGCCUCACAGAAACUUGUGCCGGAAGCUUUGUUUUAUCCCCUGAACAAUGGCAUCUGUACGCAAGUUCGGUAGGAUUUCCAAUCCCUUCUAUCGAAUUUAAACUUGUAGAUAUCCCAGAAUUGGAUUACUACUCGAAUGGCACCCCUUCAAGAGGUGAAGUCUGGAUUCGGGGACCAGCAGUCUGCAACGGGUAUCUCAAUCGCCCAGACGAUAACGCCUCCUCUUUUACUGUGGAUGGAUGGUUCAAAACGGGUGAUGUUGGAGAGCUGGCUAAAAGUAAUACUCUUCGACUAAUUGAUCGUAAAAAGAAUAUAGUGAAGUCUUUGAACGGUGAAUAUAUCGCUCUAGAAAAGAUUGAAACACAAUAUCACACAAGUCCACUUGUGUCUUCAGUAUGCGCAUACGCUGAUGUGAAUCAUGCCAAGCCGGUGGUUAUUGUUUAUCCUGAUGAAAAAGCCCUUCGGGCUUACCUACGGAAGCAAAAAGGAAGUUCUUUUAAUGGCGAUCCAGAGGCUACUUUUAGUCAAUUAUGUCAGAAUAAAGAAGUCUAUGAUAUUAUAUUGACUAAUCUUACAUCAAUUGGGAAAGGUCAAAAAUUCGCUUCAAUAGAACUUCCGCAGGCUGUUAUUCUUAGUGACUUUGAAUGGAGCCCCGAGAAUGAUUUCUUAACUGCUUCUCGAAAAGUGAAGAGACAAACGAUUCAGCGACAUUAUCAAAAUAAAAUUCUGGAAGCAUACAGUUAA